AUGGCUGCCAUCCGCUCUCUCGGCCUCCACGAGCCCUCGGCCGUGCCUUAUCUCGUCGCGGAGUCGAUCAUUCCACCGCAUACAGCUGCCGACGGGCUGAUAUGGAGGACCUACCACUAUGAAAACGAGGACAAUGGCCCCGUCGAAGAGGAGCUGUUCUCAACCGACCACUGCGUUGUUUGGUCUCGCGGAGGGGUCGUCGUGCGGUCAUUCCGGUUUGAUGUCGAGAACGAGAAGGUCGUCCACGCGCUUUUCGCGUAUUUUGCGGAUAGCGAACGGAUAAAUACAACUACAAAAGGGUCCAGGGAUGCGCAGGAUCGAGCUCCAACGGCUCGCGGCCCCGUUUCGACCACGGCAGAGUCCCGAGCACCGGGCGGGAGACAGGGAAAGCAGGUUACGAUUGAAGAGACCCUCAACCUCAAUGGCAUCUCUGGCCUCUCCGUUCCAGAUGACCGUGCGAAGAGGUCGGUUGCAAGGGCGCUGGUGGUUGUACUGCAGUCCCAGAUACACGUCUUCUUCCUCUCCGGCGACACCCAUGUUAUCCCGUUGCCAUUUGAAGUGGACUCGGUUUGGGCGACUCCCUGCGGGCUGCUCUUUCAACGAAAGGCCAUUGAAGAGAACACUGCGCCGGUACCAACGGUGCCUCCGAAUUCAUUUGUUUCAUCGCAGGCGCUGCACGGGAGACCAAGGACAUCAGGGUCGUUUACCGCAUCCGCUCGUAGCAGCGCCAGGUUCUCCAUAACCCUUUCCCCCUCGCACCCUGCAAAAUGGAAUUUGAAGCCGGAACCAGAAUCCUCUCAUCCCAGGACAUUUUCGCUGUUGGAUCCUCAUUCCGAAAUGGGUCUGGUCGCCGUGUCUUCCAGCGGCCCAGAGGCCCUGACUACCAAAACCCUCGAAGCGUUGAGUGCUUCGGAGGAAGUUCUUUACGUAUCUUCUACGAAUGAAAUACGAGAGCUCGCGUCUGCAGCGCAACUAGAUACGCCUUUGAUAUUGGUAGUAACACUGAACGAAAAGGCUGGCCUUUACACCAUCUGGACAGCCCAGCAGAGGGCCAAGGGCUCUGCAAUCCGCCACCGUCAAAAGAGAAGAUCGUCUGGCGGGACGCACACCAAACGGAGGAGCUCCUAUUUUGACAUGGCUGCCAGCACUACAACUCCAGCAGGCCGUGGAUCCAAUACACUAAGGGAAAGCUUUGGCAUGCUAAACCAAAACCGAAACGCGUCGCAAACCAUGAGCUCUCAAAAUGCAGAGGCCCGGCCGGAAGGCACAGAUGAUUUAGCCUCGCAAUUGGGCCAUGAGUUUGGCGAUAUAGGGACUUCUUGGAAAGCCUCGAGACGAGUUAGUUCCUUAUUGGCGCGAAGUGACUUGGGGGGAAACCCUGACCGGAGUACAUUUUCGGACCUGGCAACGGGGACUCAGCCCAAUGCUCCACUGCCCCGGAAGGGAGAGUCCUUUGCUGGAAGUGCCCGGGGGAGCUUCGGGUAUCGCCGCAGGAGUUCGUUGCCGCCAGGGAAUACAUCCGUACUUAGCAAUGCGAGUAGCUUUCUGGACGCCCCCGUGGAUAAGUUCCUGGAGAGCCUGAACAAGGGAGGCCACUUUGAUGGAUUUGAAAGCAUGGGUCUUGGAGAGAGUGUAUCAGGAUUGCCCAAAGAAGUCAUUCUGUCGAGAGUGGGCAGCUACUCGUCAGGAUUCUCGACUGCACAUGGACUUUCAGCAGCUGAGAAACGCCGAAAAUUUGAAGUUUUUACCUUGUCGUCCUUUUACGAGUCUCAUUUAAACGAACCCGAUUCGAGUCCAUUGGCCGUUUGCAUCCUGAACAAGCAUUCGAGAAACUUAGUAGUCCUCAACCUCCAAGUCAAGAUAUCGCAACGUCCGCCGUCAACCGGAAAGAAGGUAAAGGCUGGGGAGGACGGAGAUAUCUCCCGGAUGCUUGUGCUAUCGACGACGAUAGACGGUCGUGGUGAGUUGACUCUACAGGCACCUUGGAGCACACUUGUGAAACUUGAACUCCCGUCCAGUCUCGCAUUGCACGAGCCUUAUGGCAUUUCACUCGCACGCUCCUCUAUUUAUCCGCGAGAAGCUGGCCUGCGACGAGUGCUGGACAGCAGCAAUUUGAUCUUAUCCGCUCUCGAGCACCCCAGCGGCGGCGGCAAGGUUGAUAUAAUUGAUGGCCAGAAUAGAAAGCAUAGGCUUCAGAUUCAAUUGGAGCCACGCAAUUUCCUUGUCAAACGCAUACUGUCUGUCUGCAGGUUUGCAUUGAGGCACGCUGAAAAUGCCGGUGAUGGAGUUCUGGUGGCUUGGUGGGAAGUACUGAGAUGGCUACAGUCUAAAGGAGAGACCGAGGACGAUCUCGAAUGGACAGCGCUGGUCACAGCGCUUUUUUCCAUGGCAGUUUACUUCAUUGAGGGCAACUUUACGAAACCGGUUGUCAAGCCAAAGCGAAGAACUGGCCCGUUACUACGUUCAAGCAGCGGAAACUAUGUGGAUCUGGACAGCUGGGAUGCCAUGUUAGAAAAGCAGGCCGGCGCCUCAGGAAUCAGUCCUUCUUGGAUGAUGACCCCAGCCUGGGGAUGGAUUCGCGAAGAGGAAGGGCGCAGUGACAACCCAGCCCGAUCCGAACAGCAGUCUAACCUGUUUGCAACUUGCCAGGCAGCGACAAGAAGGAAUGGUUAUAUUCUUCGAUGUGCCUCGCUCGCGCGUGAAUUUAUAUCUUCCCCUCAAGGAGAAGCCGCCUGCGGUGCUGAAGGUUACUUGCCCACAGCCAUCUCCAGAAGCCCCGAGACGCGAAGGACGGCUCUGGGUACGAUAUUGGUUUCUCUCCACCUGCUGCGCGAGGAACUGAAAUUGUCAACCGUCGACGCUGACUUGUCAAACUGUGAUUCGGGGCAGAUGGUGCCUGUAUUGGCCCAGCUGGGGGCGUGGUUAGGAUGGCAAUCGUGGACGUGGAAAGAAGAUGCAUACUACGGCACGGAAAGCGCAAGUAUGGAUGGGUGGCUCUUUGAAGAAUCGCAGAUAUCGAUGCUGGAAGUGCCAUCGGAGCCGUUUCCUCCGCCUUCAAUAUUUCAGUUCGUGGAAGAUUUCCUGCGCCGCAAACCGUCGAGUUUUAUGACGCUUAUUGACAUGACACCAAACUCGGGUGCGAAGCGAGGGAGCGGAAAGAUAUGGGAGCAGGCGUUGAGUCUUACCCCGAGAACGUUGGCUCUCUCCGGUUUUUUCUCAGAAGUCGACCUGCAAUCGUCGAUAGUUGAGAGAACAGCAUUGCUGCUUCGCUGGGGUCUAACGCCUUCGGUCAUUGACACUCUGCCUAUUGGUAUCAGCGCUCCACUGCAUGAAGCAAUCGUUCAAUGCCGGAGCAAUGCCCCCUCUGGCUGCGGCCCGUCGCUCCUACGUCUGAUUGAUAGGAACGACCUCUCCAUGACCAUGGCGAACGAACACCUUACUCCUCCGAUGCCGCGAUUACAGAUCCUUCAAUCACACGACGCCUCCCGCGACGUGCACCAUAUUGGCUGCUCAGUUCUGGAUGGCAGUGGAGUGAAUUCCUUUGAAGUUUCCGCCGAAGCUGACCGGCUUUCGAUCACAAAGCUCAUUUUCCGCGAAGAUAGGCGGUACUUUGAAGCGGUCAAGAUACUGAGCCAGAUGAGAGCGCCGGUGGUGGAAUGCCAACCGGAGCCAGACUGGUCUGAGGCUGACCUGCUGGAAGCGCAAAAGGAGCUCGUGCAGCUUGUGACUCUGCGGACGCUGUCCAUUCCUAGUGGCCGGGGCCUGCUGUAUUUCAGCAGCCGGGUUCCCCUUUCGACUGAGAAGCUUCCGAUCCCGUCGUUCUCUUUGCAGUGCGUUGUCAAACCGUCUAAUAUCACGAUCAGCGCUGAAAGAACGGCAUUCACGGAAGAGAAAGUGUGCUGGGCGUUUUUCCACAAUGGUGCAUCAACUGGACUCGCCAUCUCCAAAGCUGCAAGGGGACUUGACACGUCGUGGAUAUUAUACAACAAACCGGGAGAACUAACAAACAGACACGCUGGUUUCUUACUAGCACUCGGCUUGAAUGGCCAUCUCAAAUCGCUAGCCAAAUGGGUCGCGUUCAAAUACUUGACGCCAAAGCAUACGAUGACAUCGAUUGGUCUCCUGUUAGGGCUUUCGGCAUCCUAUCUGGGGACAAUGGACACGUUGAUAACGCGCCUGCUCUCUGUGCACAUCACGCGGAUGCUCCCACCGGGCGCGGCAGAGUUGAAUCUGUCGCCAUUGACGCAGACGACGGGGAUUAUGGGAAUUGGACUACUCUACUGCAAUUCGCAGCACCGGCGGAUGAGCGAGAUCAUGCUCUCAGAGAUCGAGAAUGUGGAUGCGGAAGACACUCUGGUCUCGCAAGAGAUGCUGAGGGACGAAGGGUACCGGUUGGCGGCGGGUUUCGCGCUGGGCUUCAUCAAUCUGGCAAAAGGGAGGGACCUGCGAGGGCUUCGGGACAUGCGCAUCGUGGAACGGCUUCUGACGCUUGUGGUUGGCACGAAGAAAGUUGACAUGGUCCAUAUCCUGGACAAGUCGACGGCGGCGGCGACUAUUGCGCUGGCGAUUAUCUCGAUGAAGUCAAACGACUUGUCUUUGGCCAAGCAGAUUGACAUUCCGGACACGAUAGCUCAGUUUGACUAUGUGCGGCCUGAUAUAUUCCUACUGCGGACGCUGGCUCGCCAUUUGAUUAUGUGGGAUUCGAUCAAGCCGAGUCACGACUGGAUUCAGAGGGCGCUUCCAAGGGCGUACAGGAGAAAGUCCCGCCUAGUCACCAUCCGGCGGCUGAGCACCGACGACAUGCCUCUGUUCAACAUCAUCGCCGGCCUCUGCUUCGCGGUGGGACUCCGAUACGCUGGAUCUACGUCUGCCGAAGCGCGAGACCUGCUUGUAUCCUACCUUGACGAGUUUAUCCGGAUCAGCCGCCUUCCGGCGAUCAACUACGAUGCAAAGGUGACUCGGAACUCGAUCCGCAACUGCCAGGACAUCGUUGCACUGUCGGCGGCGGUUGUGAUGGCCGGGGCGGGCGACGUGGCGGUGUUCCGGCGGCUGCGCUCGCUGCAUGGCCGGGUGGACGCGGACAUUCCAUAUGGCAGCCACAUGGCGGCGCACAUGGCGAUUGGGAUGUUGUUCCUGGGCGGGGGGACGUAUACACUGGGAACAUCAGACAUUGCGGUGGCAUCGUUGCUGUACGCGCACGGCCAUGGCGCCAUGCCUGCUGCCCGAACUCACCACGCUGACCACCGUCACGGUGCAGAGCCCCGACCACUGGACCGUCACGCUCGACCUGACGGCCAACGAGCUGCUGCGCGCCAAGUUCCGCAGCGGCAACCAGUCGAUCUACCUGAAGCGGCGCACCACGUACAACACGGCGGGCAAGUCCGUCUUUGCAGCGACCAUGUCGGCCCUGAGCGACGUGCACGACGUGCCGGCCGCACCGCGACUGACGGGCGGCACGACGGCGGGGCUCAGCGCGCACGGCAAACCGACGGACGUGCGGCUUCCGGCGCGGAGCCUGUGGGAAUGGGUGUUUGGGCUGGGGGCGUUUAG